CAGACUUAAAUUCCAAAAUAUUCUCUGCUUCGGUCUCUUUUCUCCUUCCAUUCUACCUUUUUUAUUCCUUUGCACCUGCACUUGCGUGCACCUUCUCCAAUACAUAUGCCUCUUUUCUCAAGUUUCUUUUAUUCCCUCCGCUCCUUCUUCUAUAUUUCUCUUCGACCCAAGGAAGCUCUGAUUCUUCAAAAUAUAUGAAGCUCUAAUUAUCCUGCUUCCAAUUCUACACCAUUGAUAUUGCUCUUAUUUGAGUAAUUUUGGCUCCUCUUUGUUUCAAACUAAGGAGAAAAAGCUGUGGAAGUUUGGAGAAGAAGAAGAAGAAGAAAACGAAAACGUUUGGAAGGAUGGGCACAAGGGUUCGUCAGUGUCUCAUUUUCUUGCUCUUGGGUAUUUUCUUUUGUGCGGGUUCAAGUGUUACAGAGACAACUUUGGUUGGAGCAACCAGGCACACCCUAGAAUUGGACCAUGAAGAAUUACCAUCAUCCACUUCCAACACCAAAAGGGAUGUCAUCACACCAUUAGCAACAGUUCCAGUGGUCUAUCCGACUCCCAUUACGACUCCUCCGACAACCACAAGUCCGGUGGUAAAUCCAGACACCCCACCAGAAGCGCCAACAAUUCCAAGCCCAAGUACUACCACUCCAACCAUAGGGUCCCCAAGUACUACUACUCCAACCAUAGGAACCCCAAGUACAACUACUCCAACCAUAGGAACCCCAAGUAUUACUACUCCAACCAUAGGAACCCCAAGUAUUACUACUCCAACCACAGGAACCCCAAGUACUACCACUCCAAUCACAGGAACCCCAAGUACUACUACUCCAACCACAGGAACCCCUGCAUCAUCAAGUGGGAGCUGGUGUGUUGCAAGCCAAAGUGCUGCACAAACUGCCUUGCAGGUGGCUCUUGACUAUGCCUGUGGGUAUGGUGGUGCAGAUUGUUCGGCAAUUCAACAGGGAGGAGCUUGUUUCAACCCAGACACAGUUCGCGAUCAUGCAUCUUAUGCAUUCAAUAGCUAUUACCAGAAGAACCCGGUUCCCAAUAGCUGCAACUUUGGAGGAACUGCUGUUAUAACUAACAUUGACCCAAGUAACGGAUCAUGUUCGUUUACGUCAACCAGCACAAGUGCAACAAUUUUGAACACUACAAACCCAACGGGAUCAACAGUUUACGGAGCAGAACCUACUGGAUCCACCAAUUCAGCAGCCUUCGUCUUGCGUAGUUCAUGGAUAGUCUUCACCAUGGAAUGCCUGUUAGUUUCAGUUCUAGCAGUGAGAUGGAUCUGACAACAACUUCAACCCACAGCAUGGAAAUUCACUCAAGGGGAGGCUUUACAGAUUGAAUUAAGGAAUUAUAUACCAAGGCCGGCCCUUAAAAUCAGGCUACUACGAGUCUUCGACAGAUGAAUCUACCUCAUGAACUUGAGAAGUAUACAAGAGCAAUGUAUAUAUAAAGUGAUGGGUUCUUCUACUGGUAGAAACCAUGGAUAGCUAGCUCCCUUCUUUGUAGUGCUAAAACAAUAAAUUCUUUCAGAAAAGUCCAUCUGCUUUUGGACAGCUUUUGUUGUGCCUAGGCCAAUUUAAAGGAUUAGCUGCAGUAUCAAAAGAAAUCAAAGUGAUAAAAAGAUUGCCUU